CGAAUGCCCAGCAGGGCAAAGCCGGGGCGCUCCUCCCACCUCACGCCACGUCCGCCCCCAAAUCAACUCCCGUCGCAAACGCAACCUGUGGACUACGACUAACCGCCUGUGAAAACGCACACAAAACCACCCAACUACCCACGGCAACAACUCAGCGCCCAGGAUAAACCACCCACGCUGACGGAAUCAGCUCACGAAAAUGCCCCAACAGACGGAAUCCAGCGCUGAGGCCCAUCGACGAGGACCCAGCGCCACUUGGCGAACCAACAGGCAAUACAGCACCGUGCAGCCAGCGCCCUCUCCGACGAGGCCACCACUGCGUCUCACUCGACCACGGCCGCGGAGACCACAUGUUGACACCCAAGGCUGUCGACGGUGAGAAUUCUUGGUAGGUACAUUCCGGGGUCGCGAUGUUGCUCCCUCUCUUAGAAUCUACGUAUAACUUAAUGUAUAGUAAGUAGUGUAAGGAAUAAAACUUAUAAUGUCAAAUUU